AGGGCAUGUUCUUUGAAAAUAACUAUGAUUAGGACAUGACUCACAUGUCACCACAGAGAAUGGUAUUUAGUAGUAGCUAACUAUUUGGGUGUGAUUUGAAUCAGGGUUUCUGCUCCAAUAAUUCUGCUAUGAUAAUUUAAAAAAAAAAAUCAUAAAAUUUAUAUUCCCAGUCCUGGAUGCUGAAUGAUUAGUCGAUACAAUAUUCUUGCCAUGCUAAAUUACAAUAUAUAGUAAAAGCUAUGAGGGAUAUGACCUGAUCAUCUUAAAUCUACAGUAAAUCAAUUAGAGGCUGUAUAGAAGAUAACUAUUUACCAUUUUCAUGAAAGCUUAUUUCCUUUAAAGCCCUUUAGUCCUUGUAUUGCUAAUGAUUUAGUCUUACAUUUAAAUUACAUUGAAAGAUUAUUCAUAUAUUAUCCAUAAACAAAACUUUUCAAAAAUAAACAAAACAUCAGUCAUAAACAAAACAUCAUGGCCCCCAGCAACAACCUGUGGCCUAUGCAAAAUUUUCAAAUGAAAGAACAGAAAAUCAAUCAAGGUUUAAAAGCUGUGGUUGAUUGACUGACGCAAUCAGUGAGUUCCAUCAGUUCUAUUGCUGACGGGCAAGUCUUGGGUGGUGUUUAUGAAACAGCCUUUGCCUUUGGCCUGCCACACUGGCUGUUGGAACUUUGGACCUGUUGCAACCCUUGAUUAACAGUGGACUGAAUAGAUCAGAGUAUAAAAGAUGCAUGCCAGAGGAUCACCGUCAGUCUCCAUUUGGAGGAAGACUCGCUUUAGUUUCAGGACUUCUGAGCUUCUUCUGACCCAGAAUGGGGAGUAUGAAGCUCUACCUAUUGCUGCUGCUUGGCACCUAUGCCAUAGCCCAGCAAGAAAUUGAGUCCAGUUCUCAUCCAGGAUGUCACUUAUCUAAAAGAUUUAAGAUCUACAAAAAAUAUACAUAUCGGUAUGAAGCAGAAAUCCAAAACAGGGUGACUGGGACCUCUCCCCUCAUGAACGGCCCCAAAUUGUCCUGCAAGGUCGAAAUUGAUGUGCCUGUGGCAUGCAGCUUUGAGCUCCAGACAAGUGAGUGCUCCCUAACUGAGGUGGUUGGAACAGAUGCAAAUGGGGCGCCCAUCUAUUCACCUGCUGCUGAAGCCCAAGCCUUCCAAUCUGCCAUGGAAAAGAAUGUACUGAAGUUUGUAGUUGAGGGUGAAACUGGUGUGACACUCUAUCCUGAGGGUGAUGAAACCAACAUUUUGAACUUCAAGAGGGGUAUCAUCUCUGCUCUGAUUGUGCCUGUCAUGGAGAAGGAGGAGAGCAAAGACAUGGCUCUGUGCUGUGCUGAGGUACAAGAACUAGGGCCAGAAGAUGUGAGCAGAUCUGACAAUCCAGAGCAAACAGAACUUGUGAGAAAAAGCUCCAUCCAGAAGGGAGCAGCAGAACUGGGCCGUGACUAA